ACAAUUGUGACAGAAAGUGUAAGAUAUAACUCCAAAUAUAAAUAAGUGAACCACGCUUUGUGAAAAAUGUAAAUGUAAUAAGUAAAUAUUGAGUGUUUGGAAAAAUUCAAUCAACUUUUUUUUUUUUUUCAUGCGGGGAAACACACGGACUCCUGUCGAGCAGCGUUAGCAUUAUAACCUUACUUAUCUUUUACAAUCGUAACACAACAGCUACUCACCACCUGUUUGGCUGCUUUAUUUACCAUUAAUAUAAACAACAGGUCGUGCUUAACGAGUAUGAGUUAGUAUUUUGGAUUUAAGUCACUAAAGUAAACUUUAGACGGACAGGCUAGCAUCUAACUUGCAGCCUGAGCUAACAGCUAAAAUAGCUCAGUAUGCUAAAAACAACGCACACUUUUUAGAUCUUGAUUUCCAUAUCUUACUUUAAGCUGUUGCAAUGUUGCUUAUGUUUUCCCAUCUGAAAGACCAGCCUUAUACCGUUACUAACAGCCGAGCUGGAGUAACCGAUUAGAUUUAUGCUUUAAAUGUAAAUGUUUGUGUUAAAAUGGAUAUCUUGAUUAAUCAUUUCAUCAAUAAAAUGAACGAUAACAUCAGCAGGCUGCAUUGUAAUUCAUAUGAGGAUGAUUCAAGAGCAUCUAGUCUUCCUGUGCUUAACUCAGGAUGUACACCCACGAGCCCAACCAAGAGAAAACACCAUGAAAACUCUCUGAAUCAUCAAAAAGACUCUGAUGAAGAACAGAUGAACAAAAUGAGAUGCUUAUUAGGAUCACAUCUGAGAAAUUCAAAUGGAGACACUGGAAAUCAGGAGUUAUGGAAUUAUAGUCACACAUCUCUGAGUGGGCUUCAUAACCAUCAUGUAUUCGCACCUUUCCCCAUUUUUGCGGUGGAUCAGCCCCUUGAGAUGACCAAACACAGCUUGGAUCCUACAAGGAGCAUGCUUCUAAUUCCUGGAUCCAGCACAAGUCGCCAGCAGAAUCGUCCAUCGGUAAUCACCUGUGCCCCUGCCAGCAACCGCCCUUGCAGUCUUUCCAGUUGCCACAUGUCCCCUAAUAGCUGCACAUCUGGAUCCACCAACAAGACCAAAGCAAACACUGUGUGUGAUGACCCUGUGAUUGAGGAGCAUUUCCACCGCAGUCUUGGGAAGAUCUAUAAGGAGCCGGCGCCUGUCUCUAACUCCGUGUGCAUCACAGGCUCAGUUGAUGAUCACUUCACUAAAGCACUGGGGGAUGCCUGGUUACAGAUCAAAGCCAAAGGCAAUGGUGGUACAACACCAAAUCAUGAGAGUCAAUGAUAAACUAAACCACAAACAUAAACCCUGUGAGGUUAGCUCACUACAGAAGUGUACUUAGGACCAGAACCAUUCAGCAUUCAUUCAGAAUUCGAAACAGCAUACUAUUCGUAUAGUUUCUAUAAUAUCUUUUCAUGUGAAUUCAGUUUGAGCUUGUUGAAGCAUGCAUGACCAGGGGUGGGUGAUAUGUUGAGAUUUUUUUUAGUUUUUGUUUUCUUCAGAACAAAGAAGUAUAUCACAAUAAUGAAGAUAAGUAAACAGUCAGAACAAAGAAACAAAUUUUAAACAAAUAAAAUAAACACUGCUUAAAGUUUCUGUGGUAGGUCUAGCUAACAGUAGUGUUAAAGUAAUAAAUACCACAACAUUUGAAUAAAAUACUAUUAUUAAAAACUGUAUAAUCUGUACUAUAUGGGUUAAUCAUAGAUUCAUUAUUAAAGCUUUAAAAGUGACUCUAAAGUUUAAUAACACUAAAGACUGCAUUUUGACACAUUUUUGUAUCUAUUUGACCAGUUAGACAUGCACAUGAAUUAAGUAUACAUACGUUGCUUGUCUGCAUUUUGCUCCAUCUUGGGGUGCGCGCUAAAUUGAGUACUACAUUGAGAUUCUCACAGCUUAUUGAGCUAUUAAUAACUCAUUUUUUAUGUCAAGAACAUCAUGCUAUUUAUAUUAUUCAUAUGUAUGCACAGAACCUGACCUCUUCCCAGGUUCUGUGCGUGACUUUAAAACUGUAGUAGUUGGUAUCUGUUUUCGAUUUUCUUUAUGCUCUUCACUCAGAUUAUCUUUAUUUUUGUCAUUGACAUUAUCAAGAUAAGCAACUGCUGGGACAGUGUGUUCUAUAUUUUUCUAACCCGUUUCAUGAGAUGUGUAAGCAGCUGGCUUGGCCUCUGGAAAGGCACUGACACAUGCAGUAUCUGGCUUGAUUGAGUUUCAGCUCUAUGGACCCUUUUCACAGACUGCCAUGACACAUUUCUGCAAUGAUCAACAAAACUAAAUCUAGCAGAGUGUUAAAGUGUUAACACUGCUGUGAUUACUAAUACAGCUGCUGUAAAUUUGGCAUCGGUCUCUCUUUGGAUUGCCAUAAUCCUUCUUUGUAAUCCGCUUUUAUGGAGUCAUGGGAACGCCAAUAGUGGACUUUUUUUAUUUGCUGUUGUAACAACAACAUUAAAUAAUGUGUUAUUGUUUCCCAUGUAGAUUUACCCUGCUAUAGUUAACUACCAUGCUGUGGAAAUGUAAAAAAGGGUCCAUACAUGACUAAAUGAUUAUGUGAACACUUACUGAUUUGCAUAUACCAAUACCAGUGAAUAUAUUUAAUUAAAUUGCACAUUGACCUGAACAUGAAUAUCCACUGUCUCUAUGCUCCAGCUUAUUGCCUUCAGCGAGUUAUUUGUUUGUUGGUUAUUAUUAUUAUUAUUAUUAUUAUUAGUCAACUUUUAAUAACCAGAACUAAAUUUAAAUUAGGUAGGUGUAUGUGUGUGGUGUCAUAAUCCAGGAUCCACACUAAAUGAUUUCAUUUUCUGAUAUUUUAACUUUUUUUUUUCCCCUCUUUGUUCAACUUUCAUAAUGUAAAAUAUGACAAUCAUUACGCUGUGCGUGAUGAAUAUAUAUAUAGUUAAUCAUAGGAAACUAUCUUUCAUUAACUGUUGUGCAUGCUCUUCUUUUUUCCUUGUAAUGUACCUGGCGAAUAUUCAUUUAGAUGUAAUACAUGCAAAUAUGUUGAGCCAUCUUACUAUGCUAAACUGAAAGCUGUUUAGUGUUGAAUUGAACAAAGUCUCACGAGUGUCCCGUUUGACAUGGGUUAAGCAUUUAUAUGGAAUUUUAAAAAUAAAUAAAUUAAAUGGUAAUAUAACUAAUUUUGAAAUGACAGUGGCUGUGCCGUUACAUUUAAGUGCUGUACUUAUUUGGGGGGAAAAAAGAAAGAAAGAAAAGAAAGAAAAAGAAAAACUAAUGUAAUUUGAUUUGUAACUUUGUAACUGUAUUUCUUCUUAAAAUUACCAUUUUCAUAUUUUUUUUUUUUUUACAUCAAAUAAAGUCACCUCAA